UCUGCCUCAGAGUCCUUAUAAAUACAGCUUGACUCAGCCACUUUAUGACUUACGCCCUUGAGACAUGAAGUGGAUACUGUUCUUUGGGACCCUUAUUGGGUCCAGCAUCUGUGGCCAAGAAAAGUUUUUUGGGGACCAAGUUUUCAGGAUUAACAGCAGAAAUGAAGAUGAGAUCAGCAAACUAAGUCAGCUAGUGAAUUCAGACAACUUUAAGCUCAACGUCUGGAAAUCUCCCUCUACCUUUGGUCGUCCUGUGGAUGUCCUGGUCCCUUCUGUCAGUCUGCAGCCAGUCAAAUCCUUCCUAAAAUCCCAUGGCUUAGAGUACUCGGUGAUUAUUGAAGACCUGCAGGCCCUUUUAGAUAAUGAAGAUGAAGAAAUGCAAUGCAGUGAAGGUCGAGAGCGGAGCAGUAAUAACUUCAACUAUGGGGCCUAUCAUUCCCUGGAAGCUAUUUACCAUGAGAUGGAUAGCAUUGCUGGAGAUUUUCCUGAUUUGGCAAACAGGGUGAAGAUUGGGCGUUCAUUUGAAAACCGGUCCAUGUAUGCACUGAAGUUCAGCACUGGAAAAGGCAGGCAGCGGCCGGCCAUUUGGCUGAAUGCAGGCAUCCAUUCCCGGGAGUGGAUCUCACAGGCUACAGCGAUCUGGACCGCAAGGAAGAUUGUAUCUGAUUAUGGGAAGGAUCCAGCCAUCACCUCCAUCUUGGAGAAAAUGGAUAUUUUCUUGUUGCCUGUGGCCAAUCCUGAUGGAUACGUGUACACACAAACUCAAAACCGAUUGUGGAGGAAGACACGGUCUGUAAAUCCUGGAAGCCCCUGCAUUGGUACUGAUCCAAAUAGGAAUUGGAAUAUUAGUUUUGCAGCCUCCAGGUUAAUGCUUCUGCUUGGGCCACCCCGCACAGGAGAGGGAGCCAGUGACAACCCUUGCUCUGAAGUAUACCAUGGAGCCCAUGCCAAUUCAGAAGUGGAGGUGAAAUCGGUGGUAGAUUUCAUUCAGGAACAUGGGAAUUUCAAAUGCUUCAUCGACCUGCACAGCUACUCACAGCUGCUGAUGUACCCAUAUGGGUACAUGGUCAGAAAGGCCCCAGAUGCUGAGGAGCUGGAUGAGGUGGCAAGGCACGCAGCCAAAGCUCUGGCUUCCCUGUCGGGCACUGAGUACCGCGUGGGUCCUACCUGCACCACAGUCUAUCCAGCUAGUGGGAGCAGCGUUGACUGGGCAUAUGAUAAUGGCAUCAAGUAUGCGUUCACUUUUGAGUUGAGAGAUACUGGGCACUAUGGCUUCCUCCUGCCAGCCAACCAGAUCAUCCCCACUGCAGAGGAGACCUGGCUGGGGCUGAAGACCAUCAUGGAGCAUGUGCAGGACAACCUCUCCUAGAAGAGAGCCCCGCUCUGUCUACAUUUAUUUAUCCCCAUGUUCACACACACACUGAGGCCACUAUUAAAGGGAGCUUAUUCCUUCACAUGUGAGUCAGAGCCCUCUGGCUUUGUAGAGAACACAGGCCAGCCCCUCUGCAGCCCCCUUCCUUGAAGUCUGUGCAUUCUGGUGGUGUGCUGAGAGAAGCACUUCCACCACUCUGCUGUAUUUUGGUCCUGCUGUUUCACUGAGCCCUUUGUGUGCCUUUCCUUCCGCAUAGCUGGCUGGGCAGGAUCAACCCUUACUGGGUGGCCUGUCCGUACCUCAUUUUCAGAACCAAAGCACAUGUGAAAUGGUUCUCUAGCCUCAUUCAGUCUAGCCAUGUCCAUGACCUUGCUCUGGUGGGGGCCCCAAGGGAAGUGCUGUGGGAGAUAAUGCUUGUUUUUUAGAUUGGUCUCAAAGAUGAUGCAGAAAUUCCUUUAUCUCACUCUUUCUUGAACAUAUUUUUCUUUGGAAAAUAAAUGCCAUAGGGUCAUCAGUAUAGGUCAUCCUCCUUUUUUGUUUUUGUCUAUGUAUUCUUCGUCUGAAUACAAAGUAGAGGAUCACUUCUCAUCACUGGGCCCAAAAUUCCCAGAUACUACAGUUCAGAUCACAUUCUUCCCUUUAUUAUUCAGAGUAACUGGAAUCCCAGAAGGGAAUCCAUGUCAUUAUAAGUACUGCUCAGUCAGAAACCCUGGAUGAAGUGGUGAUUUAAUAGCAGGAUUGCUAAAUUAUCCUCAUCUGUCCUAAUGGGCUCAACUCUACUUUGCCUUUUGAACUUACUUCAAAGAUCUCUCUCUCACCCUAUUGGUCCUAAAUCACUCCUCUGGCCUGGGUAAUCUCACUGCCCUAGCACAUUCCUAUUUGUUCUCUGGUGUAUCUUGUGGCUCCUUCUCCUGGUUUUUGUUUUUUGUUUUUGGUCUUUAAGGUUGCCUUUUUCUAUUUUGCAUCCUGGACUGUGAGUACCAAGGUGGAGCUAGGAUUCAUCAGUUGGGCUCCUCUUGUUACAUUCCUCCUUUGCAUGUACCAUCUGCCUUUUUUCUUUAUUCUUUUUUUUUUUUUUAAUUUGCUUUUUUCAAACAUGUCUGUAAAUCUUAUGCUUCUGCCUAGGAUUUGUGCAGCAUCUGGUGUGUGCUCAUAAGCCAAUAAAUAUUCAGUAUGAGUCUCCUGAUCAUCUUCUAUUCUUU